AUGAAGUACGUGCUGAGUGUUGUGCUACUGAGCCUGUGUGCCGUCCAUCUUGCUGGUGGUCAACGGAAGUUUCCCGAAGGUUUCAAGUUCGGCGUUGGAACGUCGGCGUAUCAGAUCGAAGGUGGAUGGAACGAGGAUGGGAAGGGUGAAUCGAUCUGGGACCGUUUGGUGCACAGCCAUCCGGAGAAGAUAGCUGAUCGGACGAAUGGAGAUGUUGCCUGUGAUAGCUACCAUAACUGGCGUCGUGACGUGGAAAUGAUACGAGAGCUUGGUGUCGAUAUCUACCGGUUUUCGUUGGCCUGGAGCCGCAUCCUACCGACGGGCAUCAGCAAUCAGAUCAACCAUAAAGGCAUCGAGUACUACAACAAUCUUAUCGAUGAGCUGCUCCGGAACAAUAUCACCCCGAUGGUCACGCUGUUCCACUGGGAUACGCCGCAGCGGCUGCAGGAGCUCGGUGGCUUCACCAAUCGACUGAUAGUGGGCCACUUCCGAGAGUACGCGCGCGUCGCUUUCGAGCAUUUUGGCGAUCGAGUGAAGGUUUGGACCACGUUUAACGAACCCCCGCAAAGCUGUCGUCAGCCGUACGAGUAUGACGCGAUGGCACCGGGCUAUGACUUCCCCGGCAUAUAUACGUACCUGUGCAGCCAUCAUGUGCUACUGUCCCACGCUGAAGCGGUCGAUCUCUACAGGAAGGAGUUCCAGCCGACGCAAGGUGGACAGAUCGGUAUCACGGUGGAUGGGUCGUGGGCUGAGCCACUAACGGAGGCAGAUCGUGAGGCUUCCGAUAUCACAAUGCAGUAUUUGUUCGGUAUCUACAUGCACCCGAUCUACAAAGGCAACUACCCACAGGUGAUGAUAGAUCGCAUCGGCAACCUGAGCAUACAGCAAGGAUUCAAACAGUCCCGCCUUCCCACGUUCACCGCCGAGGAGCUGGUCAAGCUGAAGGGAUCAUCGGACUUUUUCGGCUACAAUGGCUACACCACGAACCUGGUGCGCAUGAACGAUGAAGCGAACUCGGCCAACUUCCGUGUGCCAUCGUUCGAUCACGAUCGCAAUACGGUCGAGUACCAGGACGACCGGUGGCCAUCGACCGGUUCCGGCUGGCUGAAAGUUAACCCACGCGGGAUGUACAAUGUGCUGGAUUGGAUCCGCCGCGAGUACGACAACCCGCCCGUGUGGGUCACGGAGAACGGAGUAAGCGAUCUUGGUGGUACGCGCGAUGUCAAGCGCGUCCAAUACUACAAGGACUACCUGAACGCGAUUCUGGACGCGAUCGACGAUGGGUGCGACGUGCGGGGCUACGUGGCAUGGAGCUUGAUGGACAACUUCGAGUGGCGUGCCGGACUAAGGGAACGUUUCGGCCUGUACUAUGUGGACUACAGCGAACCGAGUCUACCAAGGUAUGCAAAGUCUUCUGCUAGAGCGUUCGCCAACAUCGUACGCAAUCGUCUGAUCGAUCCGGACGACAUGCCCGAGCCGGAGUUGUAUAUCCCUGGACCGGACGAGACGGUUACCACGACGCCAGCGCCGGUGGACUCUACCACGCCGGACGAUGAUGGCGCUGCCGCUGGGUUACUCGUUUCAAAGGUUGUACUAGCCAUAUCGUUUGUGGUUUUUUUCAAAUCGAAUUAA